AUGAACGAAGAAGUCAUUGACGAUUAACACAGAUAGUAGCUUCAGGCUUAACUUUUGAAUAGCAAUUCCUAGUAAAAUAAUUAGGAUUACGGCGCUUUAAAUGAAGAUCCUGCAGAAGAAAUCAGUGAGGAUGCUCGUUCGCAGAUUGGGGAGUCUGUGCUGUUCGGAGACUUGUAAAAUCAAAAUCUCUAAGAAUAAAUGCGUGAUAUUCAGAAGCAAUUCAGGCAUCGAAUAGUAGCCUUUUCGUCUUUUCUGCUUUUCCUAAUCUCAAUGACUCUCUUAGUUAACAAGGUGGGAAUCAACAGCCCUAAGCCAGACUUCUCAGGAGAUGAUAGUUUAUGUGGGAUUGAGAUCAAUGUAUGGUUUGUUAAUUACACUACUAUUGUUGCCACUAAGUUACUAUUGACGAUUGGCAGGUAUUACACCUAUAAGAAACAUAGGCAGGAACAUCUCGGACUCUUCUUCAUUGACUUAAUUGCUAUGAAUUUAUUAAUGACUGGCAUUUUUAUUGAUGCUAAUCUGAUGUACUUUUCUGAUAAAAAUAUGUGCUGGUAUUCUAAUGAUCAACUUACCAGAACAUUUUACUUCUUAUUCUGUACAUUGACUUCAUUAGGCUAUUUAUAAUUCAUUUGGUGUAUUUUGCUGACUUGUUUUAUUCCAUUAAGUGGCUUCUUAAUCCAUUAAAUUGUUGAGCAAAGAUUGAACUAAGGUUAGUAAAACUAAGAAGGCAAUAUCUUAGCCGAAGGGUUAAUUGGAGGCUUGAUGUAAGUUCCACUACCAAUUCCAGAAAUAUUAAGUUCCCUUAACAGGACCAAAUUUAAUCAGACUAAAUUUGGUAAUUUGCAAACUUAGUGUGCAAUCUGCUGGGUUGACUUCUCUAAAAACGAGGUUGUCACACCCUUAAUUUGCGAUGAAAGGCAUCUCUAUCAUACUACUUGUAUUGAGGCUUGGAUCAGGAAGGGCAAUAAUACCUGUCCUCUGUGUAGAAAGUAGAUUGCUAACUUAAAUGGUGUUUGA